CUCUAGUGCCGCCGGCGCAACAUCAAAAUCAACUCCGAGUGCCGCGUCGGCUCGCUUGCCGAAAAUUAUACAGGGAGAAAUCGCGGCCCGAAAACAGUCUACUUCGACGAGAAAUCGAAAGCGAGAAGCAGGGGACGAUGCCGGACCUGCAACAGAAGGGCGGGAGAUGAGCACCGCGACUUCUUCUAUGAUGACAGGAGGCAGUUGUUGCAGGUAUGAUAUUAGUACGACGAGGACACUAGCGACAGAUGAAGGCCGACUUGCGACGUUGCGACUUCCCUAUAACAAUUUCCAGGACGAAGGAGCAUCAACUUCUGGUGUUGAUCAGUUGAGUGCCUCCGCGCCGUUGCUGAGUGCCUCCGCAGCUCCGUCGCUCGCAAACAUGCGGUAUCAGCAAACACAGAUCAGCAUCAGCCCCAGCCGCGUCGCCAUGGG